CCGGUCUCUCUUCCUCCUCCUCCUCCUCUUCCUGCGGCGGCGGCUAUCUGUGGAGCUCGCGACCGGCGUGCAGUUCCUCCGGAGGCCGGGGGAGAGAGAAGAGAUUAGGAGCUCUUCGCCCGCCCUUCCUUCUUCCCUCUCGCUCUCUCCCUCCCCCCUCUCCUCUGCAGCAGCCCCCACCAUGAGAGCCCCCGCCGCCAUCUUCCCGCAGCCCGGCGCCCGCCUCCUGUUCUUUCUGGUGUCUUGGCUCUUUAAUCCAGCAAGAAGUGAAAUAACAAGCCUUGACAGUGGAAACAUAGAUGAUAUAUUAAACAAUGCAGAUGUUGCUUUAGUGAAUUUUUAUGCUGAUUGGUGUCGUUUCAGUCAAAUGCUGCAUCCUAUUUUUGAAGAAGCUUCUAAUGUUAUUAAUGAAGACUUUCCAAAUAAGAAUCAAGUUGUAUUUGCCAGAGUAGAUUGUGAUCAGCACUCUGAUAUUGCUCAAAGGUACAGGAUAAGCAAAUAUCCAACCCUAAAAUUGUUUCGAAAUGGAAUGAUGAUGAAGAGGGAAUAUCGGGGUCAGAGAUCAGUGACAGCAAUAGCAGAUUACAUCCGACAACAGAAAAGUAAUCCUAUUCAAGAAGUGCAAAGCUUGGAAGAAAUUAACUCUCUUGAUCGCAGCAAAAGAAACAUUAUUGGAUAUUUUGAACAAAAAGAGUCUGAUAAUUACAGGAUAUUUGAAAGAGUAGCAAAUAUUUUGCAUGAUGACUGUGUCUUCCUUGCUGCCUUUGGGUCUGUUUCUAAAGCAGAGCGAUUUAGUGGAGACAACAUAAUCUACAAGCCACCUGGGGAAAAUGCUCCUGAUAUGGUUUACUUGGGUUCAAUGACAAAUUUUGACUUGGCUUAUGCAUGGACUCAAGAUAAAUGUGUUCCUCUUGUUCGUGAAAUUACGUUUGAGAAUGGAGAGGAACUUGCAGAAGAAGGCCUUCCUUUUCUUAUACUCUUUCAUAUGAAAGAUGAUGCAGAGAGUUUAGAAAAGUUCCAGCAGGAAGUUGCACGACAGUUAAUAAGUGAAAAAGGUACCAUCAAUUUUUUACAUGCUGAUUGUGAUAAGUUUAGACAUCCACUCCUCCACAUUCAAAAGACUCCAGCAGACUGUCCUGUUAUAGCUAUUGACAGUUUUAAACACAUGUAUGUCUUCUCAGACAUCAGUGAUUUGACAGUUCAUGGCAAACUAAAGCAAUUUGUACUUGAUUUGCAUUCGGGGAAACUGCACAGGGAAUUUCACCAUGGUCCAGAUCCAACUGAUGUAGCACCUGGUCAGGUAAGAAAAAUGCAUCUCUGUGCUUCUCUACUGGAUGAGACCAGACUCCUGGAGUUUUCUAUUGAAUCUGAGCUUACAGUUCUCCCUUCAGUUAGGCCUUAUAUGAUCUUGCAGGAUGAAAAUGAUUAGUUCAAGGUGUAAUUUUCAUAUGAAAAUGAAGCUAUUGAGUCUGCAUUGGUUGUUUAAAAACACAAUAUUUCUCAGAUGCAGAUUUUGCUAUAAAAAUAUGGGGAUCUUGAAUUUUCCCAUAUCAAAAAGUGAAAUUGAAUUAGGUGAGAUGAAUUGGCAUUGUUAUGCUGCUUUAAAAGGCAAAGCUUGGAAGUAACACAUUACUAGUAAAAUUGCUGCUGCUUCUUUGUUACAGGAAACUCUAUUAUAUUACCAAGUAACAAUAUUACCAAAAUAAUUUCUUUUAAAAAAUUAAUUUGACGACUGAUAACACUAUGUAACAAAAUUUGAAACAUUUUUGUUAUUGGUUUGAAAGUGUUAUUUCCUGUUUA